AUGGAUGGCUUAGAAUUUACGUCGGUGGCUGCACCGGGCGAGCCCGGUACUGGUGGCGGCAGCGCAACGGAUGAAGGAUAUGAGUACAGUCAAUAUAACGACACGAGCAGUAUCCCGUUACGUCCUUCGUCAAGCACUCAGAUGCUUCCACUCGGUAGAAGUUUUUCUAGCGCAUAUAUGCUUGUGUAUGUGCGUGACGAAAUAUCCGCGGCUGAUCAUUUACUCAACAGCAUUAAAACGGAAGUACCACCUAUCGAACCGGAGACUCGUACUUGGGAAAGCGAUCCGGUGUCGAUUCCGACCGAGCUGGUUACACGGUUCCACGAGGAGGAAAAAGCAGUAAGCCGGCGCAAGAAAGCUCAGCAGACAGAGCACUUGUACAUGAACCUACGUAUUGCUUCUGACACGAGCAUCGCCAAACUGAGACGAAUAACAAAGACUAUGGACUUUUCUGGAUUUAAUAACUCGAACACGUUGCGUAUCCGCAUUAAACGCACCGCAUCGAUCCGGCAGCUCUACCGUCGGGAUGAUGCAUCGCAUAAAGCCCCUGUUAGACUGUAUCUUCAGAUACUGAGUAGCGUGCCGAAAUCUCCCCCAUCGCCGUCGUCCCCGUCCAUCCAUGCUCUCGAAGUAGAAGAAUUGAGUAAGAUCGCAGCACCGGUUAUCCAUCGGCAUUUUUGGGAUGAAUUUACACCUCCAGAGAUUGAAAACAAAUCGUUUGGCACAGGUGAUACAACAGCUAGCCAGGGGACGGAGGAUGGUGAUGAGGAUGCGGCCAUUGCAUUUGCUCCGGCUGGUGAAAGCAUCGUAGUCGACCACGCGCCGGCGCUGCAGAGUUACGAAAUUGUGUUGUUCAUCAAGUUUUAUGACCCUAAGCGGAAACUUGGCGAGCGUUUGGAGUAUGUAGGUAACGUAGUAGUGGAUUCGCGGAUAACUGGUGCGGAGCUAGCGAAGUAUCUGCACGACGCACUAUCGCUUCCUAUUAUUGCGGAGUUACUGUUGUACGAGGGAGGUUCAAUCGACCUCUGUGUCUGA